AUGCCCGCACACUGGACGUACCCAGCCCAUAUUGCAAGCGCGGCGCAGUGCACACCUGUAUCCGCAGCACUCAAGGUCGCACGGCACGCCCAUUGCGGGCACGGAUGGCGCCACAUCCCUGCGUCCGACUCGCCGUACGCGCCGCUGCCGCCGGUAGACAUCCCGGCGCAGCAGCCAUGCGCUUGCCCGGGCGCUACGCCGCCAACGAGUGUGGACGUCGCGAGCGGCGAGCAGCAAGCGACACGCAUGGAUGCACUUACCAGUGCGUGGCCCGUCUGUGGACGAUGCAAGCAUGCACUUCUCGAGCAUGGACUGCUAUCGAACGAUCCUGCAGCGGAGCAAGUACGCCGCACAAAUGUCGCAGUGCGCAUGGACGAGCUUUUGGAAGACGAGCACAAGCUCCUGGAUUUCACGUACACGGACGCGGAUCUUGUCUCGCUCAAGAAGCAGAUUGGGUCGCUCGCGUACACACGCACGCCCAGCACGGUCAAACCGGCGCGACCUACGAAAAAGCAGGCAAAGACGCAUGCGCCGCUGCAUCGCACGAUUGUAAAUGCUGAUAAUUUCUGCACUCUCAACUACAUCUACCAACGCGCACACACGUUUGAGGUGCAUGCAGCACUGUCCAGGCAGCCUCAUAUUGCACGCUGGAGUCCGUCGGCGAUGCGCCAUUUUUUUGCGCUGGCCAAGCGCGCCGUGAUUCGCAUCGACCCGGCGAUCAAGCGCAGCGUGUGCAAGCGGUGCAUGCACAUUCUCAUCGAAGGUCUUUCGUGCUCGACACUGAUUUGGGGGGAGGGUGUGAUUGAACGGCGGUGCAGAUGGUGUGCGCAUGCACUUGUUACGCGCGCGUACGAAACGGGACUCCCGCCGGUGAAGCGGAAGCACCUGUCCCAAAAGCAGCGCAGGCGCCGCUGGCGCAGGCGGCAGCUUGCAUCUACACCCGCGCUGAUGCCCAGCCUUGUUCCGUACACGGAGCGCAUGCAGGGCACGCCGUGGGACGCACAGCUGGGGUCGUUCGGGGCCGCGGCGCCUUUGGUCCGGCAGGCGAUGGCAUCGCGUGGCGACCAUGUUGUGACCGUUGGCUUGAAACGGGGGGGAGUCGUGGGAGCGCAAGAGGCGCAUGAUGGGGAGACGUAG